AUGCCUUCUAAUACAACUUACCCCGCUAUCCUUCAUAUUCGGGACUUCAUCGACCAUGUUGAACCGGAUCCUACACGCCCCGGUAAAGGGCUGUCCAUGCAGCUCCGUAUUUCACUCAACAUACCGUGGAAAGACAUUCAGUCAGAUGACGUUGAACAGGAUGAAAUUCCUACUCUGGUCAGAUUUUUUAAUGAUAGCAAUCAGUCUGACCUUUACAAACCGAACACUUUUGUCUAUUCCUCAGGUUCAUUCCUGACGACCUCGUCCGAUGACGAGAAAUUUCAUAUUGUCCUCCACGCUCACAACUUGGACCGUCAUCCGGGCAAUGAAGAAGAUACUGAAUCGUAUUUCAUGCACUGUCCCCAGGCUGCCCAGCCAAUAGUGACGUUUCUCGGUGUUGUUCUUGAACGCGGUGGUCAACUGAACGGAGGGCCAACUCUUCUUCACUACCGUCUCCAGACCACUGUUUACAACACUUCAACCCGAACCCAUCACACCUUUCCCAUCACCGCGUACUUCAAAAACGGUCAGCGUUGGGCGAACUUUCCACCACUAAGCAUAAACACCCAUGUUUUCUUGACAGGUCGUAUUUUCGGCCUCACAAAAGAACAUCGCCAGUUAGCUGUCGUUACGGAUGAUAUACAUUUUCUCCCAACCUCAAAUCACCAUUUGCCCGCUACCCCUUCCUCGUCUGGUAAACGGAAGCGCGUGGAUCGUUGGUCUCAGAGAGCCGGCCCACAAACCCCGUCCAAAUCGGCUGCAAGGUCACACACUGAAUCACUUCCUAUCACGCACCAGUUCCAGGAUUCCCCUGAAAUAAUUGCACCUGAUGACGAUGAUGAGGAAGCCACGCAAAUUACAUGGCCAGACACGGCCGAUGAAAUCAAAGCCUCGCCACGGGCUACCACGUCACCUCCAGAGAGGCGUUCUCAAAGACCACGAAAAACAUCAUAUGCCGAUAUACUUGGACAAUCAAAAUACGAUACUUGA